AUGUCGGUCAAAGAGGCCCGAGUAGUGGUUAGCAGAGUGUCACAGGAGCUCGCAACCGACGGCCUGGACCGCCUGCCCCCGUUUUCGGCCGCGUCCCAGCUGAGCGCUGCGGAAAUUGACAGCCGAGACGAAUACCAGUGGGACAACCUACCCGCUACAAAGGUUCUGACCGAUGAAGAAGCCCAAUUUUGUAUCCCUCUGGUUGGUUGCUAUGCUGUUGAGAACAAGGAAUUUUACCUCGUCAGUGCUGAAAGACUGCGGCCGGUAGCGUGGAACGCCGAUGCUAUGGAACGCCUUGUCUUGGACGAGGAGAAUAAAACACUGCUAGAGGGUCUAGUGAGCCAGCAUUACAACAAAAAGCAGCAGGACAGUCACCAAUGGGACUUCAUACCGAAGAAGGGAGAAGGGCUCGUGGUCUUGUUGCAUGGUCCGCCAGGGGUCGGGAAAACCCUGACGGCGGAGAGUCUCGCCCAACACGUGAAGAAGCCUCUGAUUUCUCUGAGCAUUGGCAGUUUGAUAUGGGACGAAUCGAAGCUCCAAGAGCGACUGGUCAGCGAGUUUUCGCGCGCAAUCGACUGGGAUGCCAUCCUCCUGCUGGAUGAGGCCGACGUCAUCUUGGAGGAGAGAUCAUUCGAGGACGUUCGAAGAAAUGCCAUCGUUUCAGUCUUCCUCCGCCAACUCGAGUACUUCAGAGGCGUCCUGUUCCUGACCACGAACCGGAUCAGUACCAUGGACGUAGCUUUCCAGUCUCGCAUCCAGAUCGGCAUCGGCUUCAAAGAGCUGACGCCCACCGACCGGAAGAAGAUCUGGCUGAGCCUGCUCGACCUCAACAAAGACAACCACAAGGACCGGCGUGCUCUUGAGCGGAUAAUGGAGAAGGCGGACAAGCUGGCCAAGUGGGAGCUGAACGGCCGCGAGAUCCGCAACGUGCUGAAUAUUGCCGACGCAUGCGCCCGCCGCCGCCCUGCGACGGGUUGGAUGACCUACGAGGAUGUCGAGAAGGCAGCCCGUGCGACGUUGGAGUUCAAGAAUAUACUCGAGACAGAACGGUCCAACUUGAAGAGCGAGCAGACCGUGUGGACCCCGUACUCUCGCGGAUUGCUCUAG